CUACCAGUUCCACCUGGCUCUAGGUACCUCCUUGUCUUGGCAUGGCGCUGCCCUGGGCCCUCGGAAUCCUGAGCCUCCUUCCUCUGCUGAAUGCCCAGAGCGCGCCGUGUCACAUCAAUUACUCAGUGCCUAUCACCAAUGCCACCCUGGACCAGCUCUCUCGCAAGUGGUUUUAUAUCGCCUCGGCUUACCGACACCCCGAGUAUAAUCAGUCGGCUAGAACGUUCCAGACGGCCUUCUUUUACUUUGACCCCGACUACACGGAGGACAGGUUGCCGCUCAGAGAGUACUCGACAAUUAACGACAAGUGCAUCUAUAACUCUAGCUACCUGGACAUCCAGAGGGAAAAUGGGACCAUGUCCAAACACGAAAUGGGCAAAGAACAUUUUGGCCACCUGGUCUUCACCAAGGAUCCCAGCAUCUUCAUGCUUGCUGCUUUCCCAGAAGACAAACAGAACAUGGGCCUGUCCUUCUAUGCUGACAAGCCACAGGCAACCCAGGAGCAAAUGAGACAGUUCUAUGAAAACAUCAUGUGCAUGGGCAUGGACAAGUCGGAAAUCACAUACACCGAUGAGAAAAAGGAUCAGUGUGGGCCACUGGAGAAACAACACGAUGAGGAAAGGAAGAAGGAAAAAGAUCUAUAGAAGGAAAACGCGGGGUCCUCUGAAGACAUAGCAUUGGGUUAGGAGCUCGGGAACUUUGGGACCUAUUCUCAGCGCCCCACCCACCCACCUCAGUUGCAUCAAUAAAGCUUAUUCAUUUGGAA